UAAUAUUUAAGCUUAGCUCUUCCCAUACCUUGCUGAAUGAGGUCGCCACUCCACCAUGGCUAAUUCUCACCAGUGCACCAGCGUCGCUUCCGAGCUGGAGGGGACGCUCCUCAUCUCCGGCAACCUCUUCCCCUACUUCCUCCUUGUCGCCCUCGAGGCUGGAGGCCCGCUCAGGGCUGCCGCCCUGCUCGCCGUAUACCCUGUCGUCGCCCUGCUGGGCGCCGCCUUCUCUGGCGACCGCUUCCCUCUCCUCGUCAUGACCUUUGUGUCCACCGCCGGCCUCGGCAUCGGCGAAGUGACGGCGGUGGCGAGGGCCACGCUGCCCAGGUUCUUCCUGAACGACCUCCGGGGCAGCGCGUUCCGCGCCUUGGUGCGCCACGCCGGCGAGAAGUACGUCGUGACGCGCCUGCCGAGGCUCAUGGCGGAGCCGUUCGUGAGGGAGUACCUCGGCGCCGACGUCCGCGUCGUCGGUACGGAGCUGCGGAUAGUCGGGAGGCGGUUCUCCGGCACGGUGGCCUCGCCGGGCGAUACGACUGACGACCUGGGCCAUGGAGCUCUGGUGACCCUUUUUGGGCGCGAACGGAUCAUCGACGUUGGCCUGUGCUCCGGCGCCGCGGGGGAACGGCAACCGACGUUCUUGCAGUUAUGCCAGGAGCGCUGCGUGGUGUCCACGCCGGAGAAGGCGCCAGCGACGCCCUUGCCAAGGAGCGAGUACCUCCGGCCGCUGGUCUUCCACGACGGCCGCCUCGUCUGCCGGCCUGACCCGCUCCCCUGCCUCGCCAUCGUCCUGUGGUUUCCACUCGGAGUGCUCCUGUCAGUGACACGCCUCCUCCUCGGCUUCCUCCCCCACGGCGCCGGCCUCCUCCUUUCCGCGGCCACCGGCUUCCAGAUAAGUGCCGAGCUCGGCGCAUUGGCGGCGGUGGACCGUCGGGGCACACUGUACGCGUGCAAUCACCAGACGCUGAUGGACCCGGUGAUCCUCUCGACGGUGCUGCGCCGGAAGGUGACCGCCGUGACGUACAGCCUCUCCGGCUUCUCGGAGCUGAUCGCGCCGAUCCCGACCGUCCGGCUGACGCGCGACCGCAGCAGGGACCGUCAGAUCAUGCAGUCCGCGGUCGCGCACGGCGACCUGGUGGUCUGCCCGGAGGGCACAACCUGCCGGGAGCCGUACCUGCUCCGGUUCAGCCCGCUCUUCGCCGAGAUCACCGGCGAGGUCACGCCGGCCGCCGUCCGGGCAGGCGGCGCCAUGUUCCACGGCUCGACGGUGAGGGGGCACAAGUGGCUGGACUCCGUUUUCUUCCUCAUGAACCCGGCACCGUGGUACGAGAUCCGGCUCCUCGCACCGGUGGUCACCUGUGGCGGCAGCGCCGGCACGUCGAGCCGCGACGUGGCGAACAGCGUCCAGCAGAUGAUCGGCGACGAGCUUGGGUUCGAGUGCACGGGGCUGACGCGCAAGGACAAGUACCGGAUGAUCGCCGGCCACGACGGCGUCGACGCAAGGUCGUCGCCGUCGAAGCUGAGCUAAGUCUCAGCUUACAAAUGUACACGUACGCAAUGCCUGCAGUGCAUCGCGGUUGUCGUGUCAUACUGUUACGGUUCGUGGACUCGUGUUAUUUUUUUCUCAGUUACAAGGACGCAUGCCACACACUGCUCACGUUUACCACGCUGACGUACAUACAAGUGUGACUCUUAUCAAGCUAGAUGUUAAAUUUAUGUAGCUCUAGCUCACACAUUACUGUUAAAAAUACUCGUAUAUGUAAAAUUAUUGUACUUGAAAGACAUUACCGAUUGCUUCA